AUCCCCACGCCCACCAUGCCUCCCCCAGAGGAACCCUCCGAAGACCAUGAACACAGCCAAAGCCCCGCGGAGCAAGCCAUAAAGGAGGAAUUUCAGUUUCUGCGCUGCCCGGGCUGCCAGACCCAAGCCAAGUGCCCCAAACUGCUGCCUUGCCUGCACACGCUGUGCUCCGGAUGCCUGGAGGCGCCCGGCCUGCAAUGCCCGAUCUGCCAGGCACCGGGGUCGGCCAAUGCUAACGCGGAGGCCCUGGAUAACGUGUUCUUCGAGAGCCUGCAGCGGCGCCUGGCGGUGUUCCGGCAGAUUGUGGAUGCGCAGGCUGCGUGCACUCGCUGCAAAGAGUUGGCUGACUUCUGGUGUUUCGAGUGUGAACAGCUCAUGUGUGGCAAGUGCUUUGAUGCACACCAGUGGUACCUCAAGCACGAGGCCCGGCCCCUGGCCGAGCUCCGCGACAAUUCAGUGCGCGAAUUCCUCGACAGUACUCGCAAGUCCAACAUCUUCUGCUCCAAUACCAACCACCGCACUCCUACGCAGACUAACAUCUACUGCCGAGGCUGCGCCAAGCCUCUGUGUUGUGAAUGCGCGCUUCUGGACCGCAACCACAGCCAUCUCCAGUGUGAAAUUGGUAAGGAGAUCCAGCAGCUGCAUGAGGAGCUGGGCACCAUGACGCAGGCUCUGGAGGAGCAGGGCAGAACCUUCGACAGUGCCCAUGCACAGAUGCACUCAGCCAUAGGCCAGUUGGAUGACGCACGCGCAGACACUGAGAAGCAGAUCCGCGCACGCGUGCGCCAGGUGAUAGAACACGUGCAGGCUCAGGAGCGCGAGUUGCUCGAGGCGGUGAAUGUGCGCUACCAGCGCGACUACCAGGAAAUAGCUGGCCAGCUGGGCCACCUGGAAACUGUGCUGCAGCGCAUCCGCACUGGUGGGGCGCUGGUCAAGAGGAUGAAGCUCUACGCCUCCGAACAGGAGGUGCUGGAUAUGCAUGGCUUUCUGCGCAAGGCACUCUGCCGCUUGCGCCAGGAGGAGCCUCAGAAUCACAAAGUCCAGCUGGGCACCAGCGGCUUCGAGGAGUUCAAGUUGUGCCUGCAGGACCUCGUCUCCUUCAUCACCCAGAGGACGGAGGCAGCCAGCGCUCAGCCAGAGGCAGCCAGUGCUCAGUCAGAGGCAGCCAGCGCUCACCCAGAGGCAGCCAGCACUCCUGGGGACUCGACUGACCUUGAGCAGCCCGAGGAAGUACAGAGGGCACAGGCUCAGGCCAUGGAGCUGUCUAAGACCCAACCUGUGGCUAUGGUAAAAUCAGUACCUGGAGCACACCCUGUACCAGUGUAUGCCUUCUCUAUGAAAGGCCCCACGUACAGAGAGGAGGCCUCUCAGACAGUCAGCCCCAUGAAGAGGAAGUGCUGCCACAUAGAUUGCUGCAGAAAGAUCAUCAAGAUGGAGUCCACGGACGAGAACAAGGACAGGUUGUCGACAAGCUCCCCUGAGCAGCCUAGGCCCAGCACUUCCAAGGCCAUCUCACCUUCCCAUCCGGAUGGGACUUCCAGCACUGAGAGCACCAUCCCUGAAAAAGAGACGCCCCUGCCCAACAACAACCAUGUGACCAGUGAUGCAGGGGAAACAGAGGAGCGAAUCGUAGUGAUCAGCAGCUCAGAGGACUCAGAUGCUGAGAAUCUGCCCUCCCACGAGCUGGACGACAGCAGCAGUGAGUCCAGUAGCAUCCGGCUGGAGGGCCCCAAUUCCCUCAAGGCCUUGGAUGAGAGCCUUGCUGAACCCCACUUAGAAGACAGGACCCUGGUUUUCUUCGACCUCAAGAUUGACAAUGAAACCCAGAAAAUUAGCCAACUGGCUGCGGUGAACCGGGAAAGCAAGUUCCGUGUGCUCAUCCAGCCCGAGGCCUUCAGCGUCUACUCUAAGGCCGUCUCCCUGGAGUCCGGGCUGCAGCACUUCCUCAGCUUCCUCAACUCCAUGCACCGUCCCCUCUUGGCAUGUCCUAGGCUGUGGGGACCCGGACUCCCCAUCUUCUUCCAGGCCCUGAACGACAUUAACAAGCUGUGGGAAUUCCAGGACUCCAUCUCGGGGUUCUUGGCUGUGUUGCCCCUCAUCCGGGAACGUAUACCCAGCGCCCGCAGCUUCAAACUUAGGAACCUAGCGAAGACCUACCUGGCGAGAAACAUGAGCGAACGGAGUGCCUUGGCUGCUGUGCUGGCCAUGAGAGAUCUGUGCUGCCUCCUUGAGGUCUCCCCAGGUCUGCAGCUGGCCCAGCAUAUCUACUCCUUCAGUAGCUUACAGUGCUUUGCUUCCCUGCAGCCCCUAAUUCAGGCACAGGUCCUGCCCCAGCCUGAGGCCCGCCUGCUGGCCCUCCACAAUGUGAGCUUCCUAGAAUUGCUGACCGCAUACCGCAGCAACCGGCAAGAGGGCUUGAAGAAGUAUGUCCACUAUCUGAGCCUGCAGACCACCCCCUCGUCAGCUUCCACCCAGAUUGCCCAGUUCCUGCAGGCUCUGAGCGCCUACAUGGAUGGACAGUUGGAAGGGCACGUCCCUGCUGGGGCAGAAGGCACUGCUCUUUCUCUCUCUGGCAGAGCUGAAAAUAAGGGAUGCCUGGCCUAGCCGCUCAGCACAGAGGGAGGGCCAUUUCUGAGCCAGGCCCCACCCUUCACUACAUUCCCAGGUCCGUCAUUUAGUUCAGAACAGGUGUCCUUUCUCUGGGACCAAACUCAAUUUUCUCUAAAGUCCCUGCAGCAGACACGAAAGGUACCCCAGGCCUAGAUCUCCCUUUCAGAAGCCAGAACCAGGAAGGGUUGCAUAAAGAAGGCAUGAUUUCUGGGCUCCCAAGGCCCCCAGUCACCACCUACCACUACCACGGUGGCCUUGCAGCUCUCCCUGGAUGCUCAAUCCGUGUCCCAAGUGACCUGCUGAUAGCCCACAGACAAUACUUUAAGGUGGUACCGACCGCUAUACCAGCAGCCCCAUGAGCACUCAAAGUGCCUUUUGAACCAAAUCGCCCUCGCGAAUUUGGGUUCUCUCAGCCCCAACUGACCAGAGGCCAACUGCGUUCAGUUCUAUUUUUCUUAAAGUACUUUUGUUCUAAAGGGGCCUUGCAGCAGCAGAAAGUCAGGAACUGUUGAUCCACCCAUGCCCGUUUUUAGUCCUUGGUUCAUCAAGCCACCAGACUCCUCCCUGCACUCAGCCCUUCCAAGGGGCAUCUGUGGAGCACGGGCACCUCAAGCUUGGGACGGCGAACCCAUGGGCUUUACCAAAGGUCUCCGGAAUCUCUGGAGCAGGGCCUGUAGUGUUAACACGUUCUCUGGGUGGUUCUGUAUGCUCAAUUCUGAGCAUGACUGUUGCCUCAGACCACACAAGGGCAGCAGAGAAAGGCCCUGGCCUUGCACAUUGAGGAUGAUUAGGAAAGGGCCAGAACCCCAGUGUUCUCUGAGGUGAGCUGGCUGACCUGCGGCGUUAUCUCAGCCCCCACACAGCCAGCCCUGCCAUUCUGGACUUUCAGGGUCAGACAGCAGGUUCACUGGGACAACAGGUAACUUGGAGCCCAGCUCUCAUUUUGAGCCAUUGGUCCCUGGCCGCAUGGCCAUCGUGGAGGUCAGUUGUUCCCUGCGGUUGCUGAGCUGCUGCUGUCCUCCUCACCCUGACCCACUCUUGGUUGCUCCUACGGUGUUUUCCACGUAGCCCAGAGUGCCAGUGUUUGCAUCUUGAGGCCUCCACUUUCAUAUGGGUGAUGUCUGCGUGCCCACACCUCUGACUCAUCCUGUGGGUGUUCUAAGGAGGUGUUUUCUCAACCUUCCCAAUGCUUCGACCCUUUAAUACUCUUGUUGCGGUGGCCCCCAACCAUAAAAUGAUUUUGUUGCUACUUCAUAA